AUGAGGCAGUUUUUUAAUAGAGGAUUCAACGGAUUCCGAAAUCAGUUUAGAGCUGGAAGAAGAUUUAAUGCUGAACAAGCAGAUAACUCCUUCAAAGCAUGGAGAGACUACUUUUUCUCGACCCACUUUUGGGGUCCCGCUGCCAACUGGGGAAUUCCCAUCGCCGCUAUUGCCGAUUGUCAGAAAUCGCCCGAGAUCAUUUCCCCCAACAUGACUGCGUCCCUCAUCCUCUACUCUGUGCUCUUCUCCCGCUUCGCCUGGAUGGUUCAGCCUAGAAACAUGCUCCUUCUCGCCUGCCACUUGACAAACACUGCUGCUCAGUGCACGCAAAUGUUCCGCUACUACAACUACGAGUACAACGGUGGUAAGCAACAGCUGGCCAAGAAAAGUGCCUUAAAGUGA